AUGGCAAUAGGAAAUUUGCAUAAUAACAGAGAAAGACUAAAAGCAGAGUUAUCAAAAAUAAAGUAUAGGUCUCCAAUAGAUACCCGAGAAUUACCUGAAGGACAUCCAGCAGCAAUUUUUCCUGUCAUUCAUUUCUUAUUUUUAGAAUACUCAGAUCUUGUAAGUAAUUACAUAAGCGAUAUGGGCUAUGAUUUAGCUACUAAAAAUGAUGCAGGAUUUCUAGAAUCUAUCUAUAAAUUGCUGAGAAAUAAAUUUAACUAUGUUCCAAUUUUAAGAGUUGAUCAAUUUUUAUCUUUGAAUUAUGCUGAAAGAAAGAUUUUAAUAGUGCUUGAUAUUGUAAAAUUAGUGAAACAAAAGCAUAAAGAGUUGUUGAGAUUUCAACAGAGACCGAGAAGAGUUGGCAGCAUGACGAGCCAAGAAUCAGAAGAAUUACAGCAGAAAUUAGCAGAAAAACAAGCUAUUGAAAUUCCGUCUGAAAAUUUAAAUUUCCAGGAAGAAAUAAUUGUUGAAGAAAAAGUUGAAGAAGAUGCCAUGCAAACAAUGAAAAGAAGCGAAACAGAAAGUCAGCUUAACCUUGCUUCUGAAAGUCCAUAUCACAAUGAGAUCGAAGACUCAAGCAUAAUGAUAAGGACAGCAAUUGAGGUAAUCCUUAAUUAGUUCAUCAACGCUCUUACAAUGAGAAUUUCCAAAAUUGAAAGUAAAGUUGAAAUAUUUAUAGAAGAAACUGAUGCAAAAAUCCACUUAAUUCAUGGGAAAAUAAAAUCUCUCGAGCAAAGACGCAAAUCAGUAAUAAAAACUCAGAACCUUGUUCAAAAAGCCGUUAAGCGCUACGAAGACCACAUCCAGCCUCCUUCCUCACAAGGCCUCCUUGGACGGCUAGGCCUUUCACAAGAGUUUUUUGACAAGCCAAGGACAUUUUUCUAA